AAGCGACUGUCGUGACGUCAUUCGUGCGACCGGUAGACAUCUUGCUUGUGCUACGACAGAGCCAUGGGUUCCUCUAAGAAACAUAAGGAAAAAGAGCGUAACCGGGAUAUACUGGCAGCAGCUGGAGGCGCAGAAGAACGUCACCGGGAGCACAAAAAACAUAAGCACAAAGAUAAGGAUAAGGAACGGGAGAGGCGCAAGAGGUCCCGGGAGAGAACGCGAGAUCGGCCCCGUGAGCGUCGGUCCAGGGCCUUAGAAGACACAGAUCACCACAAAGUCAAGAGGGAGAAGUCGGACGCAUCAAAUGAACAGUCUAUUGCACCUAAAUCUGCUGCUGGAGAUUCAUCACUGAGCAUAGAAGAGACCAAUAAACUUCGUGCUAAGCUUGGGUUAAAACCUCUGGAGCUGAAUACAUUAAAAACAGAGAGCGGCAGUAAAGAGGAUCCGGUGGCUGCGGCAGUCAUUAACCCCCUUGUCCUACGACAGCAACAAGAGCUGAGAGAGAAGUUAGCAGCUGCUAAAGAGAAGCGCCUGCUGAACCAGAAGUUAGGUAAGAUCAAAUCUCUGGGAGAUGAUGAGUUAUGGCUGGACGACACAGCAGCUUGGAUCGAGCGAAGUCGAAAGCUUCAGGCUGAAAAAGACAUGGCUGAAAAAAGGGCUAAACUUCUGGCUGAGAUGGAUGAAGAAUUUGGGGUGUCAAAUCUGGUGAACGAGGAGUUUGGGCAGAAGAAGCAAUACAGUUCCCGGGAUCUGCAAGGUCUAACGGUGGAGCACAAGAUCGAAUCCUUCACUGAGGGCCAGACCGUCAUCCUGACGCUUAAAGACAAAGGUGUUCUGGAUGAAGAUGCCAGAGAUUUCCUUAUCAAUGUAAAUAUGUUGGACAGAGAAAAGGCUGAGAAAAAUGUAGAACUAAGGAAAAAAAAACCUGAUUACAAACCGUAUGCAGAGGAAGAGAAUGUGGAAGACAUGGCUGUUUUGCGACACAAAUCUGUCCUUUCCAAAUAUGAUGAGGAGAUAGACGGCGAAAAAAAAAAGUCAUUCCGUUUGGAAUCUGGCGGAAAUGCUGAUGGAUCCUGGGAAAGGGAACUGCAAAGAAUUAAGGAGACGCUGCACAACCAGGCACAGACGCUAGAUCUGCCAGAAAUGAAGCUGGCGUCGGAAUACUAUACAUCUGAGGAGAUGGUCUCCUUCAAGAAGACUAAGCGACGGGUGAAAAAGAUUCGCAAAAAGGAAAAAUCAGGCCGCACAGAUUUAUUGAGGAUAAAACCUGACAUCAGAGAGAGCGACUUUGGCUCCAGGUCUCGAGGUCGUGGACGGCGGCGCGUGGUGGAUUCUGAUGAGGAGCAGAGUGUGGAGUUACCGCAAGUGAUUGUACAGUCUGAUGAUGUCCGAGUGGAGAGCAUGGACAUCAGUGAUAAAGAGGACAAUGACGACUCGGCCAUUGUAGAAGAAGACGAGCUAGAGACUGAGUUGCAGAAACAACUGGAGAAAAGCAGACGACUAAAACUGAUUCAGCAACAGAAGGACAGCAGCGAGAAGGUUGUCUCCAUGAUUAAGACCUUAGACUCUCAGAAAAGUCAGGAUGACGACGAUGAUGAUAAGAAAGGGUCCAUUGUCUUUAAUGCAACCUCUGAAUUCUGUAGGACACUUGGGGAAAUCCCAACCUACGGUCUGGCCGGAAACCGAGAGGAUCAGGAGGACAUGAUGGACUUUGAAAAGGAAGAUGAGGAGUCUGAGAAGGGAGAUGAAGAGUCUGACGGGGAGGAGAAACUCGGCUGGAGUAUGGUGAACCUUGAUGAGGAGAAGAACCAUCAGGACUACACAGCAUCCUCCACCACCAUCCUGGAUGAAGAACCCAUUGUCAACCGAGGUUUGGCUGCUGCUUUGCACCUGUGUCAGAACAAAGGCCUGCUGUCAACAACUGUACAGAAGGUGGCUCGUGUCAAAGCUCCCAAUAAGGAGCUCCCGUCUGCCAUCUACUGCAUAGAAGACAAGAUGGCUAUAGAUGACAAGUACAGCAGGCGGGAGGAGUACCGAGGGUUUACACAGGACUUUAAGGAGAAAGAUGGCUACAAACCGGAUGUAAAGAUUGAGUAUGUGGAUGAGACUGGGCGCAAACUCUGCCCCAAGGAGGCCUUCCGGCAGCUUUCUCACCGGUUUCACGGGAAGGGCUCUGGUAAAAUGAAAACGGAGAGACGCAUGAAGAAGCUGGAUGAGGAGGCGCUGCUGAAGAAGAUGAGCUCCAGUGACACCCCGCUGGGUACUGUGGCCCUGCUGCAAGAGAAGCAGAAAGCACAAAAGACUCCGUAUAUCGUGCUGAGCGGCAGCGGGAAGAGUAUGACAGCGAACACGCUCAUCAAGUAGCGGAAGUAGAUCAGGACCCAUGGAACAAAUGGACUCUACACAAUCAAAUUUUAAUUUUCUUUCAACUCCUUGUAUAACCCGGUCUUCUCCUGCUGGUUUUGCCACUGUAUCCUCUGCUGCACGGUCAGUUUUCCGUAGGGUGAUCCCUCUGGCUUCCCAGAAGAAUGUCUGAAGGACAUUAGUACUGACCAAUCCAGGAGCUUAUCGGGUCAGAUCCAUGGACUGGAUUUUAUAAAAGGACAGAUUGGGGCAAUUGGAAUAUUCUGGAUUCCAGAUCCGCUCCAAUGUGUAUUUUUUGUCUCCACGUUACUAAAACGGGACACGUGUAAAAAUUUUGUAAUAAAAUGAUGUUGCAAAAUAAAGUAGUUGGGAGGAUGAGAA